AUAUUCUCGUCUCAAUUUUCAGUUGGUCACUCUUUACUAACUUCUUCCUUCCCCAGCAAUUUGAUUGUGCUUCUAUCUUGCGGAAAUAUGAGAACGCCAAUAUCAAGCAUGGUGGUCAAAAAUGGGUAAACAAACAGUUGCUAACUACUCACACUGUGAUGGCCCUGAGUGAUGGAUGGCUUAAUUUGAGUUCGAUAGUAGCCACUUCUUCUGGAAUCCUGACAUCUGAUAUUCUUCUGCAAUCCACAGAUGAUACAAAUGUUACAGACCUGCCUUCUUCACCUGUUGGUAGUGCAAAUGAAUCACAAGCAAUGCAAUACAUAAUAAUUCCUUUGGGCAUUCUCUCACUCCUCUGCUUGCUAGCAGUUAUGGUAUACUUCAUUAUACGCAAGAAGCGUCUCGAUCGUCUGCGCCACCAUCUGAUACCACUGUAUAACUUUGAUCCAACAGAGGAAGGAGAAGACUGGGAUGUAGAAUUGCUAGAAGAAGGUGUGGAUCACCACAGCAUGCAUUGGGGCGUUUUGACUUUAUGGCACGUAUCAGUUUCUGCGAAGUGUCUUCAUAGUGCUGUGCACUGAUUGUGACCCCAUGCUCGAGAAAUUCGACAAGCAGAAAGCCCUUGCAGUCAAAGAUCGUCAUCAUCACUUUACUGGAACUUGUGUGUAUGACUUUGGAUUACUUUGAUGGGUGAGAAUUCACGUGCUUCCACUCUUGACUCUGCCGUUUGCUCUCGGGUUCAAAAUGGUGGCACCAAAUUUUGUCCCCAGUGGCAAUAUGGGAC